AUGGUAAAAUAUAUGGUACAUCCGAAAAUAAUAAAAGAAAUAUUAGAUACUAAUUCGGAUAAUUUUAAAGAUGUCAGGGUCAAUUCGGAAAAUAGCAUAAUACUCAAAGAUAGUUUAUUAUCACUUUGCGGUGGUGAAAAAUCAGAAGUGCAAAUUUUAACGAAUUCCCUAUUAAAUCCUCAAAAACUUGGAAAGCUUUUUCCAAAACUCGUAUCGUCCGUUGAAAUCCUCAUUCGUACGAUAUCUAAAAAUCGACAGGAAAAUAAUUGUUUGGACGUGACGUCAUCGAUAUCAGAAUUUAUUGACGAUGCUGUUGCCAAUUCAAUUUUCGGUAUAGAAUUAGAUGCUGAUGUCGAAUUCAAAGAAGAAUUUGUUAAUAAUUCUAGAAAAAUUUUUUCCGUGAGCGAUCCGAAUGCUCUCACAUCACUACGAUUCGUCCUCUACGAGAAUUAUUUCAAAGAAUUUUGGAUUUGCCCGGAAAAAACUUUGCAAUAUUUUGUUAAUUUAGCCAUAACUGGUAUAACGGAUACAACAGCAAAUUUAAAUUCAAUUUUGGAAGAAAAAUCAAGUAGUUUAGUUCAAUUGUUGGUCGAAGCAGCCGAAGAAGAAAAAAAAUUAAAAAUUAAAAAAAAAGAUGAUGAAGAGGAUGAUAGUGAUGAUGUGAUACUCAAAGAUAAUGUUAUCAUAUCAAAAUGUAUUGCUACCAUGUUAUCACUUUCAAAUGCGACCAAAACGACCGUUAUAUUAGAUAUACAAAAUUUAAAUUAUUUAGAUAAAAUUGUUAAAGAAGUAUUGAGAUUGUAUCCAUUUGAAUUUAGACUUGAAAAACUUUGCGUUAAAAAAACAGUUAUAGGAAAUGUAGAAGUGGAUGAAAAUGUUAAAGUUUCAAUUCCAUUAUAUGCAUUACAUAGAUCAGAAGAUAUUUAUCCAGAACCAGAAAAAUUUGAACCUGAAAGAUUUGCAGAAAAUUCUAGUGAAAACCCAAGUCCAUUUUCAUAUUUACCAUUUGGACAAGCUGGAAUCAACGGUUCAGAUUUUAGCAUUCAAUUGGGAAUAUUAGCAUCAAAAUUAACACUUUUUAAAUUGAUUGAAAAAUUUCAAUUUUCAAUUGAACAAAAAGAUAAAAGUCUGAGUGGUUUAUUUAAACAAGGAUUGACUAGAAUUCCUCGUCCAGAAAAAAUUGAAUUAUUUGUUAAAAACAGAGGAGAAGAAGAAGAAGAAGAAGGAAAUAAUACAAAUAAUUGA